AUGGAUAAUAUUCAAAAAGGAUAUGAUAACAAAGGAUACGAAACAGAUAUUAAAAAUAAAGAUUCUAAUUGGCAUACUGUCAAUUUAGAUUCAAGAAAUGAGAAACGUCAGAUUGCUAGUGAAGGAGAUGAUUAUGAUCCAUACCAACAUAGAGAUAUAAAACACCCUAUAAGGGCGUCUGAAGCGUUAAUACAUUUAUUAAAAGGUUCUCUUGGGACAGGAAUUUUGGCUAUGCCAGCUGCAUUUAAAAAUUCCGGUUAUAUUGUAGGGAUUAUAUGCACUUUUAUUGUAGGAUUAAUAUGUACAUAUUGUGUUCAUGUGCUUCUAAGUACAAAUUAUGAACAAUCUAAAAGAAAGCGAGUGCCACAUUUAACAUAUCCAGAGUUGGCUGAAACUGCUUUAGCUGGUGGUCCAAAUUUUUUUAAAGUGUUCACUCCAAUUAUUGGGCAUGUCACAAAAAUUUUUCUUAUAAUUGUACAACUUGGAACAUCCUGUGUAUAUGUAGUCUUUAUUUCAGACAAUAUAAAAAAUAUUGUAGACUAUUACACUGAAAAAGAAGAUCAUAUAGAUAUUCGUCUUUACAUGUGCAUGAUAUUGUUACCUUUGAUUUUGAUUAAUUGGGUUCGGAAUUUAAAAUAUUUGGCUCCUUUUACGGCAAUUGGUAACGUUGCCACUAUUGUUUCGUUUGGAGUAAUUUUAUAUUACAUCUUUAGAGAACCAAUUUCAGUAGUUGGAAGGGAUGCAGCAGCUCCAAUUGAGAAAUUUCCACUAUAUCUCGGAACCGUUUUAUUUGCUUUAGAAGCUAUUGGUGUUGUCAUUCCAUUACAAAAUGAGAUGAAAAGCCCAAAAAAUUUUGGCAGACCUAUAGGUGUAUUGAAUAUUGCCAUGUUUGUCAUAGUGUCUUUAUAUAUGGGAAUGGGUUUUUGCGGAUAUCUCAAAUAUGGUGCAGAUAUUAAAGGAUCAAUAACGUUAAACUUAGCGAAAGAUGAAGUAUUAGCUCAAUCUGUGAAAGGAAUGUUGGCGUUUUCAAUUUACAUUACACACGCACUCCAAAGUUAUGUUGCAAUCGAUAUUCUAUGGAAUCAUUAUAUUAAAAAAAGAUUAUCAUCAAGAUUUACUUUUUGGGAAUAUGUUGUUAGAACGUGUUCCACACUUGUUACAUUCAUUUUUGCAAUCGCUAUCCCCAAUUUAGAGUUGUUUAUUUCCUUAGUGGGAGCAUUAUGUUUAGGUGUACUUGGAUUAGCAUUACCAGCUACAAUUCAAAUGUCAACUUAUUGGUUUCAAACAAGUGGAUUCGCUCGUGUACGAUUAAUUGCGCUCAACUCAUUUAUAUUUUUGGUUGGAAUAAUCGGAUUCAUCAUAGGAACUACAAUAUCAAUAAUUGAAAUUAUUGAUUCAUUUUCAAAACCCAAAACAGAAUAGU